UAUAGUGGAAAUCGCAUAAAGAGAGAUAGUAUUGACUUUAAAUCUCGCAGAAUUGGCUCUGUUAUUCCAUAUAACGGUAUCUACCAUAUGUUGAACGCAAAACCAACUUAAGUUGAAUGGUUAAUCCGAAAGGUAUCAAAAUAAAGUUAGAGUAUUUAUAGUGACUAUAUAGGUUUUAACUACCAAAACGGAUUUUUUUACCAACGCCGCCCUUACCAGAAUCCAAUCGUGUUCGAGCCCGGAAUUAUCGAUUAACAAAUUUUGUUAGCCUCAUAAUAAGUCAAAAACAGCUCUGAAAAUAUUAAUUGAUCUCAUAUUUUGAUGCAAUUUGACAUUUCCCUUACAUUGAUUAGUUAUUACUAAAAGUUUGUGAAUUGCAGUUAUUCGGCAAAUCGGGUACGACUUAGUCAGCAAAUAUCAAUUUUCCAGAGACGUGGAAGUGGAUAUCGAAAGUUAUAUACAAGUUAUUCAGACAUGCCUAUUCCUGAUGACGGAAACAAUAUCGAGGCAGAUCAGCUCUUAGUCCAUAGAUCAAAUGGCAAGUCAAAUGGCGUUGCAUCAAACGGACGCCAUAGUAAUCAUAUAGAAACUGCCCCGAAUGGAUCGGCAAUUGAAGAGUACCACCAGCCACCAAGCGGACCAAUUGACAACAAGGAGUCUUACGACUACGAAUCUGACAUCAAAAAAGACAACAUUCCCACACGCGAAGGAAUCGACGGCACAACAACAGCACUUGGAGGCACUUUCAUAGUAUCAAAUGCGGCUAUAGGAUGUGGUGCUCUGGCCUUCGCACACGCGUUCAAGGAGGCGGGAGGAUUGUACGUAGGAGUGAUCAUGAUCUUUGUAUGUGCGUGUCUGUGCUCACUCUCCUUACUCAUCUGUGGCUACGUCUGUGGCCUCUGUCGCUCCAGUGAGUUCCAUGAAAUGGGGCGGGAACUGCUGGGGUGGGUGGCAGAACUCCUCCUCCAACUCUGCCUUGUAGUAGCCAACCUAGCAGCCUGCACUAUGUAUUUCGUCAUCAUAGGGGACCAGCUGGAACUGAUCUUCAUCCGGACAACUGGUCCAGAGUAUUUCUGCAGUGACCCUUGGUUCUUCAACCGCAAACUCACCAUCUUCCUCGCCACCGUCAUUUGCGUCUAUCCCCUCCUGCUAGUGAAAAAGGUCGACUUCCUCAAGUACCCGUCUCUAAUUAGUGUGGGGAGUAUGAUCUACCUGAUGAUCGCAGUAGUCAUCAAGUACUUCUUAGACGGAGAGGAAGUGCAUGAUAAAGUGGAACUGAAUUACCAACCCGAUAACUGGUACUCAGCCUUCAACGCUUUUCCAACCAUUCUGUUCGGAUACCAGUGUAUGACGAAUGCGCCCCCAGUGUAUGCGAACCUAAAGAAGAAGACAUCCGCCACGUGGCUGCAGAUCACUUCUGGCACCAUCCUCAUCUGCACAGUGGUCUAUCUGCCAACUGCACUCUUCGGUUAUCUCACACAUGGAACCAGGAUUACGAGUAACAUUCUGAAGGCUUACAACCCAGACGAGACACUCAUCUUCAUCGGGCAAAUCGGAGUGAUGGCGUCGGUAAUGAUGACUUACCCCGUCGUGUUCUACGUCGCAAGGAACGCGUUCGACCCGAUGUACACCGGUGUGCGUAAACUGUUUGACACUAGCUAUGACCCUAUGGCCUGGUCCACUCGUAGGAGGAUAAUUGAGGCCACCUGUUGGUACCUCCUGACGCUAGUCCUCGGUCUCUUCAUCCCCAAUAUUGGAGUGGCCAUGAACUUCGCCGGAUCAGUCGCCGUAUUCUUCUACUUCGUGUUCCCAGGUGCCUUCUUAGUCAAAAUCGGAUACUCGCGUCGCGAAGAGCUGGGCGACAACUUGAUGAGAUUUGUGAUCUUCGUCGGGGCUCUGCUGUUUGCAUUCGGGUGUGCUCUGUUCAUUCAAGGAAACUACCUGGCAUUGGAAACAGUUUUGUCAAGCAAGAGUGAGCCCUCUUUUUGCGAACAGAGGAAACUUGACGCAGAAGCGGCCUUAACGACAACUCCCUUUCCCGGGCCUUAAAGGGUAGAUACAUUGUAGAAAGAGAUGUGGAAUACAGAAGGAAGAGAGGAGUUCAAGAAUCGGAAAAGUUAAUUAUUUGAGACCGAGUAAAGGAAUGUGGAAACAUGGGCGAAGCAGUUCAAAGAACACUGUCUUAGAUUUAGUUAGAGAACUCAACUUAACUGGUCAAGAAUGUGAUGUGAAUUUUUUUGAAGAAUUAUCGUUUUCCUUCUUUUGUUUUCUGCUCUCAUUAUAAUUCUGUAUAUAUGUCUCAAAACGUUCAUCAAUCUGGUUGCCAAAGCUCAAAUUGUUUCAAAUGUUUUUAAAGCUUUGUCGGCAAGGUUCUGUUUGCUCUACUUUGUAAUUGCUUUUGUGCUUGCUGCAUUUUGUGUGUGAAAAUUAUUGCACAGAAUAAUCUCAAAAGUUUUUGUUUCCCUAAUUUCUGUCAUUAUUUUUGGGAUUGUUUUGCUGUUUUGUUUAAACGAGCAAUAGAGUGUCACAUGAUUAUUGGUUAUUUAUACCUGCAACUUAAACGGAUAUUGGCGUUUACUUAUUUUUGUUAGCUUGAUUUUUCAUCAUUAUAAAAUUGGAGCCACAGAAAAAAGUUUUCGCGGAAAACUUUAUCAAACAAAAAGUUGAGCUGAGCUGAAAAAAUUCUUUUCGAUAACCGCGUUGACUUAAAAACUGAUCAAUGUUCUUGGCUUGAGUAACUAUUAUUUCUUUCUAAAUAAAAGACUUGUGAACCAUUUGCGUGCAUAAUUGAACAGAUCUUCGAAGUGAAUAAUAUUUUAUUUUUCUACCAAAUUCACAAAAUCAUCCAUGGACAUCAAAUAUUUCUUUAGAUUGUGAUCAAUGUUUCUAAAACCUACCUUUUAACUACCUGUUGACCGGGCGAUACUAACCUGUCCAAUUUCAAACUGCAUUUACUGUAUCAAUUUUGACGUCUUCAUUUUGGUUCUAGUAAGGCAGUAAAUAUUUGCUUGAAAAACUUGUGGUGUUAUUUUGUUAUAUUACCCAAUCUGCGAUUGGUUUUUAACCUCAAUUAUUACCUUCUGUUGGCCUUGCGCAAAUGUUAAUCAAGGUUUCGGCUUUAAUUCACUUCCGAACAUCGUUCUUUCUAUGUGAUUAGUUAGUUUAGUUGUGAUAAAUUGAUAAAAAGAUAAUAUUUCGUCAAGCUGAUCAUACUUUUUGUAUUGGGGUUAUCGCUUUCUUCAUAUUUGCAGCUCAUCAUCAUCAUUCUUGCUUUGCCUAAAUGUUUUUUUUUGGUUUAUUGGAUUAAGCAUGCCAAAUUCACCAAAGAUAAACUUUA